AUGAAUUUUGCUGCGAUAUUGAUUGUACUUCUUUCAACAGUUAUCCAUGGUAAUAUUGAUAAAGUUCCAUUUGAAAUAUCUCCUGUAGGCUUACAAUUUAUACCUACCGAUACGAAUGACCUUCUGACUAUAGAAAAUGAUGCCAACACUAUUAUGCGUUGUGUCGCACAAUGUGUGAAAAAUAUUGCAUGUCGAACAGUCAACUUUGAUCCUUCGAUCAAUCAAUGUUCUCUCUUUACUUCAUGGAGUUUUGAAGGUAUAUUUUAUUCAUCAUCACCAUCAUCAUCAUCAAGAUCUCAGAUUGGUUAUAUCAUUCAACAACCAGUUUUCUACACGUCAUAUCAUCAACCAUGUAUUCUAUCUUUCAACAGUAUCAAUCGAUAUUUACAGUGUGUCAAUGGUACAUGGAUAUGUCCAGAUCAAUACUUCUUCAAUGGAAGUGUAUGUGAAUAUUGGCGAUCAUUCAAUCAAUUAUGUCAAACUGAUGAAUGGUGUGAUUCAUCAAAAUAUCUCACAUGUUCGACUUUUUCUAAUACGUGUCAAUGCAAUUCUUCCAUGUUAUGGAAUGGAUCUCAAUGUAUUUCUGCUUGCCCACCUGGCCAGACUGGUGUCACAUUCAAUGAUCUUCCCACAUCGAUUAUCAUUCCUAGUGGUUAUGGAGGAUUCCAAUGGUCUAAUAUGAACGCUUGUACUCUUUAUUCUGAUCAACGUGCCUGUAACAUCAAUCUCAAUUCAACGAGUUUUACCCGAAUUAAUGGAACUUUCACCUUGAAUACUCUCGUUGUUUAUGUUUACAGUAGCAGUGUGAAUGUCACUUUCAUCGGAUCAAACAUGGGCAUGAUAAUGCAGAGUUAUACGUUUGCGUUGAGCAAUGCGUACAUAUGGCCAUUAAUAUUCAAUUGGGCCAAUAUCGAUACGAUCAUUGUCGAAAGUUCACCUCAACCACAAAUACCAAUAAUCAAUAUCGAUAAUAUUUAUAUCACUGUUUAA